CUGGGCCUGCCCAUCCCUCGGGGUUUCCAUCCUGGCCGCUGCGGGUGAGCCCUCCCUGGGAAGCCGGGGGUCCGAAACGUGAUGCUGUCGUUUGCGAGCCUCCCCUCUUCUCACAGAGAGAUUUCGGGAGCAGAGGGGAGGUGAGCUCGAAGGAUGGGUAAGAGUUUGCAGUGGAUUUUGGAUAAACAAGAUCUGUUGAAAGAGCGCCAAAAGGACCUAAAGUUUCUCUCAGAAGAGGAGUAUUGGAAGUUACAAAUAUUUUUUACAAAUGUUAUCCAAGCAUUAGGUGAACAUCUUAAAUUAAGACAACAAGUUAUUGCUACUGCUACAGUCUAUUUCAAGAGAUUCUAUGCUAGGUAUUCUCUGAAAAGUAUAGAUCCUGUAUUAAUGGCGCCUACAUGUGUGUUUCUGGCAUCCAAAGUAGAGGAAUUUGGUGUUGUCUCAAAUACAAGAUUGAUUGCUGCUACUACUUCUGUAUUAAAAACUAGAUUUUCAUAUGCUUUUCCAAAGGAAUUUCCUUACAGGAUGAAUCAUAUACUAGAAUGUGAAUUUUACCUCUUAGAAUUAAUGGACUGUUGCUUGAUAGUGUAUCAUCCUUAUAGACCUUUGCUCCAGUAUGUGCAGGACAUGGGCCAGGAAGACGUGCUGCUUCCCCUUGCAUGGAGGAUAGUGAAUGAUACCUACAGGACGGAUCUCUGUCUGCUGUACCCUCCGUUCAUGAUCGCUUUAGCUUGCCUACAUGUAGCCUGUGUCGUACAACAGAAAGAUGCUAGACAGUGGUUUGCAGAACUUUCUGUGGAUAUGGAGAAGAUUUUGGAAAUAAUCAGGGUUAUUUUAAAACUGUAUGAGCAGUGGAAGAAUUUUGAUGAGAGAAAAGAGAUGGCAACUAUUCUUAGUAAGAUGCCGAAACCAAAACCACCUCCAAACAGAAGCUCCCUGAGUGACUCUCCACUAAUGGCAGGGCCUGAAGCUGCAAGAUGAUGCUGGACAAGAUAAGGCAAUCUCCUAUUGUCACAGUUACUGGUACUUUCAGCUUUAGUUAUUUUUAUUUUAAUAUUCAGCAUUUUUCAAAUAAAUUACCAUAUUUUUGAUGUAUAAAGGUUUGUUAUCAUUACCAUAUGAUUUUAUUAUGCCAUUGGACAACAGGUUUUUUUUUUCCUUUUUCCUUUUUUUUUUUUGAAAGACACUUUGGAUUUUCCUAAAGAGUAGAAAUGGAAUUUUAUAUGUCAGAUUUAAUUUUGUAGGAAAUUUGUUCAGAAGAAAUUGUAAUCUCUAUGUUGAGUGAUACCUGUAAUAAUAGUGAAAUCGUACUCUAACUUAAAUCGUUGAAUGUAUAUGGACACUAACUUCCAGACUGCUUGUUAUGUAUGAGGGCCUCAAGCUACAGAAGAAUAAAAACAUAAAACCAACUUUUAGUUUUCUGGAUUUUAAUUUUUCUACAUUUGUGUUUUAUAAUCAGGAAUGUCUGUUUUAUAAAAUUGCUCCACAGAAUAAAGAACUUCAGAAAUUAAUAGUACUAUCAGAGUAUUUUAAAAAUGAAUCUUUUAAUUGGCAUAAAAUUUCUUUCUUCCCCAUUUGAACAGUGAAGGUGAGCAGGGUCCAAAUGGAAGUCAGAACUCUAGCUACAGCCAAUCUUAAAACACCCUGAAGAAUCCCGUAGUGGACCACUUGGAAGUAAAGCAUUGGACAGUUUGAGUAAUGUCUUCAUUGGAAGCAGAUGCAAAUGAAUAGCUUGUUUCUGUCAAGCAUAUUGGGAAUUGACUUAAUUUUCACAAAAUAAGGUUUUUUCCUAACUUGAUUUAGUGUGUAAUUUAUUAAUGCUUAAUUACAAAAUUUAGUAAGGCUCUAAAGGAACCUAUAGCCAUACACAGACAUUUCAGGGUUAACCUCUCUUACAUACACAUAUGUAUAUAGACACAUACUAAUACUGGUUUUUGAUUAGAUAAUUGAAGGGUUUUUUUUAAUUAAUAAUAAUAACUUUUUAUUAAGUCAGGAAACAUGAAAUGUCAUUUGUUGAAAUUUUUCUUUCAGCAUUGAGGGACCAAAAGAGGACAUAAAAAGUCAAUAAAACUACCCCCAGCCCAGUUAAAUUUUAAAACUGGAUAUAAGAAAUUAAAUCUUAGAAAAUCCUUAGAAGGUUUUAGAAAUGAUAAUUACAGUUUGAGGGAGAUUAAUCAAGAACUUACUUAUUUUAAAAUUGAUUGUAUUUAAUACUUUUUGUAUCAUUACAGAAGAUACUGGCCCAGCCUAUCAAAAAGUGCAAUAUAUAUAUAGCAUACUUUGACAUUUUAAAGGUUGGAUUGACUUACUAGCUGUUUUGAAAACCUAAAAGAAAAGGUUAUUUGCAACUAAUUUAUAGUUAAAUUAGUUUAACUUGAUUAAACACUUAAGGUAAAAUUUGGUGAAAUUUUAAUGUUUAAUCUGUCCUGAAAAUUUUUUAUGAGACAUAUACACCCGGUUUAAUUUUAUGUUUUAUUGUGAACUAACAUAUGUACAGCAAGUAUUCUAAAUCAGGAAGGAACCUAGUCAGGUUUUAGACCAGUGAGAUUCUUAAUUCUCAUGGGUAUAGACUUCAGAAUAAAUGUUACAUUUGUGGGACUUCAUAAAUUAAUUAAUUUUCUUCAGACUCAAAGGGAGAAGAAUAAAUAAAGCUUGGAGUAAUGAGAUAUUAUUGUGUAGUUUUGCACCUUUUAAAAAAUAAAUCAUGAAAAAAAUUACUAAGUGUUGACUUCCUGGUUAAAAUUGGAAGAAUAAAAGUUAAGUUUUUCAGGUAUAUUAACUAAUGUCUUGAAUUCCUGUUGCUAAGUUUGACUUAGGUUCUCUGAGAAUCUUUGUGCGUGUUAAAUUAGAGCCCUAAACUCUGUAAAGAGGUGAUUUUUGUAUAGUUUAUGAAUAGAUUGUGAGGAAGGUUCUGCUUCCUAUGGGGAAUCAGAUGCAGGUGUGCUGAAAAAGAGACUUACAUUGGUACAAACAUGGACUCUCCUAAGGCCGUAUAAGGCUAAGUAACAAACAAACAGAGGAACAAACAGGCUCUCCCCGAACUCCACUUGGAUGCUUGGUAAUUGAUUUGCUUAUCCCAGCCGUUAACUAUAGUUUUAUCUUCAAGCUUUUUUAAAUCCAGUUUCUUUUUUCAGAUUUUUUUUUUUUUUUUGCUUUAUUAUUUUCUUUGCAAAUGCUCUUGUGGAUGAUUAAGACUUUGCAAAAGCAGACAAAGCCGUGAAAUAGAUCUCCAUGUGUGUAUGCUCUAGCCUCAGCCAUUACUGAUUCAUAGCCAGUUUCACCUUAAUGUAAACUUCCACACCAGUCUCCAGCUCAUACAUUAUCUUGAAGAAAAUUCUAGAUAUAUCAUUUUACCCAUACAUAAUUUCAUACUGCUAAUAGGUGAAAUAAUUAUUUACUAUUAUAUUAAAAUUCUCAAUUCCCUGAACAUUGCAGAGCAUUCUGUAUUCAUUUAUAAAUCCUUUUAGGUUUAGAUUCAUGGAUUAUUCCUCCAUGCUAUAAAAAACAUUCCCUGUUUUCAUUUCUUCAUGUAUUAAGUUUCCCAUAGCCUAAGUUUUACUGUGAGCAUCUUUAGCAUGCCAUUUAGCGAGGGUUUUUCUCCUUUGUAUUUCUGUAAAUUGAUAAUUGAAUAUGAAGGCUGAUCACACCGAGAUUCUUUUUGUUUUGGCUAGACUACUGUAGGGUGGCCAUCUCUUGUAUUAAUCAGCACAUAGUGGCUGUUGCUGUCCUCAUUUAUGACAAGUACUGUUUCAGAAUCAGUCAGUCUUAGGCACACUGUCCAGUCUCAUAGCCACCAGCCACUUAGGGCUGAACAGUUACUAUGUGGCUUGUCUGAAUGCAGAUAUGCUAUAAAUGUGCAAACAUGUUGGGUUUCAGGUACUUAUUAAUAUAAAACAAAAUAAUGUUAAAAAUCUCAAUUUGUUUAUAACCAUUAUGUGUUUUAAAUGAUAAUAUUUUGGAUACAUAGAAUUAAAUAAAACAUUAUUAAAAUUU